GUUUGUGAAAGUUCCUGACGUCACUCCCACAAUGCUCCCGCUCCAUAGCUGUAGUGCAGCAGCCUGGGGGAGAAGAGACUUUCAGGGCCUGAAAAAAGAAAAAAUACUGAAAAAAAUUGGAAAAAAUAAUAAAAUCACAUAUCGAGGAGAGAAAGACUCAGAAAGGCGACGUGGGAGAUCCCACGGAAGGUGAAGAUGUGCAGCAGUACUUCUUGGUCACCCCCAACUGUCAGUGUUGGGACUGGGUGAGUGGGCUACCGUGGACGAGCUUUGGGACGCCUGUUAGUGAAGAUUCGGGUGACUUGCUACUUUCCUUGAACUGGAUCAGACCCAGCCCCGGAGCCUCCUUGCGUGAUUCAGUCUAAUCCAGUCUGAUCACACAGCACAGCAGCCAAAAGAGAGCCUGGAAGGCAGGGGUGUAGCGUCCGGCUUUUCAUGGCACCAGCCCCUUAAGGCUGCCAUGGCAGCAGCUGCCGCCGAUGCCCAAGGUCAGAUUACCACACUAACGCAGGAGGAAGAGGACCCUCGCUCCGCCGGGAAGGCGCUGCGAGCAGAGAGGGAAGCCAGGACCCCCAGGACUAGCGAGUGUGAGGUGUGUGGGGUGCUGUUUAGCUCUCGGGACAAGCUCCGAAUUCACACCUACAGCCACACCGGAGAGAAGCCCUUCCGCUGCUCCCAGGCCCAGUGUGCCAAGGCCUUUGUCUCCAAGUAUAAACUCUUCAGGCAUAUGGCCACACAUUCUCCUCAGAAGACACACCAGUGCACGUUUUGUGAGAAAAUGUUCCACCGGAAAGACCACUUGAAGAACCACCUGCAGACCCACGACCCAAACAAGGAGGCCUUCAAGUGCGAGGAGUGCGGGAAGAACUACAACACCAAGCUGGGCUACAAGCGCCACGUGGCCAUGCACGCUGCCACCAGCGGAGACCUGACCUGCAAGGUGUGCCUGCAGAGCUACGAGAGUACGCCCGUGCUGCUGGAGCACCUCAAGAGCCACUCGGGCAAGUCUUCAGGCGGCGUGAAGGAGAAGAAGCACCCCUGUGACCACUGCGACCGCCGCUUCUACACUCGGAAGGACGUGCGCCGCCACAUGGUGGUCCACACGGGCCGCAAGGACUUCCUGUGCCAGUACUGCGCCCAGCGCUUCGGCCGCAAGGACCACCUGACCAGGCACGUCAAGAAGAGCCACUCCCAGGAGCUGCUAAAGAUCAAGACGGAGCCGUCCGACAUGCUGGGGCUGCUACACUCCAGCUCGCCCAUCUCCGUGAAGGAGGAGCUCAGCCCCAUGAUGUGCAUGCCUCCUUGCAAAGACUCCAUGAUGGGCAAGCCCUUCGCCAGCUCUUUCCCCAUGAGCAUGUACAACCAGCACCUGCAGGCCAUGUCCAACUCGGGGGUCUCGCACACCUUGGUGCCCAGUUCGCUGGCCACCAUGGGGAUGGGCUGCCCCAUGGAGUCUCCUUCCCCUAUCCACCACCACUCCCCGCCUCCGCAGCAGCCCCCACCACACAAGUACCAGCUUGGAUCUACCUCAUGCCUGCAGGAGAAGCCCAUCAAAGUGGAGAUGGAGAGCUUCCUCAUGGAUCUGCAGAGCGGCCUGUCUGUAGAGCCCCACCCGUCUCCGCCCAAGGUCGGGCUGGAACAUCACCAGUCCCUGGACGACCUUUCCGGGGAGCACCUCCUGUCCAAAAGCCCGGCCAUCAUUGCCGAAUCUUUCUGUGCUGCUAACAUGGACUUCUCACACCUGCUCAGCUUCCUGCCGCUGAACCUCCCUCCUUACAACCCCCCGAUGUCCACAGGGGGGUUAGUCAUGGGCUACUCUUCCCAAGGGGAGCACCAGUCUCCCCUAACCUCUUUGCAACCUCAACUUCAAGAGUCCCAGGGAUCUGGGAGUGGCUUAAGCCUGGGGCCUCUCCACACCCUCCCUCCCGUCUUCACUACCAGCCUCAGCACAACCACCUUGCCUCGUUUUCACCAGGCGUUUCAAUAGGGCUCCACUACGAGGGGGGAGCUGUUUAAAAUCCCCCUCACCAUGUUGAAGACUUAAUAAGGAGCCUUACUAAAACGCAUAAAGCUUUCUUUAGCCGGAGGAAGCUAAAUCUUUUAUAUUAAGAAGCUUUUAUAAGGCUUUGUUUGUUUUUCUAUAACUAGAUAGAAUGGAUUCCUGAGGUACAGUGCUAUAAACUUAUCAAAGACUAGUAAUAGUAUAUUUUAUGAUCUUUCUUUCCUCUUAUAAGACGCUCCCUAUAGCUUCUUGAAGUGGCAGUUCAUCAGCUGCGUGUUAUUGUUCUGCAGUUUUUUUUUCCCUACAGGAUACAUCAUGAAGAAUUAGUGAAGGAAUGAUAACUACAUGAACUGGUUGAAAUCUAACCUCUUCGGCUCAGUUUCUUAGUCCGCUACCGUGCUUUCAACACGCAGGGUAUCAAAUAACAUGACAAAAACCAGACCUACAGACAAACAAUUCAAAUACUUUACAUCAUCUAAGAUGGGGAUGUAUACUUUAUAUAUAAAAAAAGCACUUUUUCCUUCAUCAGCCAAUGCACGCAAACAUGUGCAUUCAAUGUUUUUUCACUAGCAGUAUAGAAAUACACAUAUCUGGCCUUCAUCUAAACUGCUAUUGUGGAAACAAGCACAGUACUGCCAAGGAGAAAACUGGAAUGCACAUGGUGGUAAAAACAUAAAAGUAUAUUUCACAACUACAGAUGGUAAAAAUAAAUAUUUCAGGUGAAUAUCAUUGUCAGGAAAUUAAUGCUAGCAAUAAACAUUAAUGAAUGUUGUAAGAUUGCUAGCAUCAUAUUGCAACUUCACUCCAGAUCCAUUUUAAACUCUCACCUCAUUUGCAGGGUCAACAGUGCUGCUUUGCCAGAUAUAAUAUUAUACCGGUAAGCCCUGGUUUAAUGAAGGACAUUUCUGCUUUUUUAAAAUACACACAUCAAAUAGAUAUAUUGGCACUUAGUUUGUGCUGUGGAAUAUUGAUCUAGUAGAUUUUCCUCAGUGGGUUCAGCACAAUGGAUAGUCUCUCCUCUGAGCGCUACAGAUUGGAUCUCUGUUGCAUUUCCCCAAUGCUUGAUUGGUGAUGACUGGAGUAAAGCUUGCAAUACAGAGUCAGUCACUCGCUGACCAUUACUGAGAGCGCUCCUGUUGGAAAAGGAUAGGGUUCUGUCCGUGAGUUUAAUUUGCUAUAAAAGUUACAGUACACUUAUUUAAAAGCUGCUAAAAUACAUUUUUUUUUUCUUUUGCAGAAAAUGGCACUAAAAGUAUCCACACAUACAUAGUCUUCUAAUUAUACAAAUAGUAUACAUGCCAGCUAUAAAAGCAGGGUGCAAAUUGUGUGAUAAAAACAUAAAUCCUUGCUGCUGAACUACCCACAAUGGCUAGAGGUAACGUUGGCCUCAUAGUGGUGGCCAGUUCACUUGCUUCUGAAAGCUCCGAACAAUGAACAGCUCUAAGCAAAAAAUCUGAUCUGCAACCAGAUAUUACACAAAGGUCAAAGGUUGCUUGUUUGUUACGUUAUGUUUGUAGAAUUGUCAAAUUUACUCAUCUACCUCCAAUAUUUAAUAGUAAAAUGAAUUGACGGCCAUCUACUUACAUGCAUGUUUGUUUUAGUUCAGAAGUCUGAGGUUUAGCAUUCACCCCUAGCAUCCUUUGCAUUAGCUGCUCAAAGUUGUAGAGACAGAUUUAUGCCAGCAAACCACAGCCGUAACUGGGACUGACGGCGUGCUAGUUUGAAGUGGUUUGAUCUCAGCCUGCUAAAAAUGGAAAUGAACAGGACUGAUUUGAGACACCCCAUUAUUGCAAAAAGCAGAACUGAACCAGGUUAGUAUUACCGUCGACAACAAACUUGAAUAUUUUUAAAUUGUAGAGCAACGCAGUUAAAGAACAAUGAAUAAGGUUGCCUCAGAAAUUGUGAAAACCCAACAUUCAUGACAUGUACUUAGUUGAACCACUAUAAUACCACAUCUCAAGCGGGGGUCAUUUAAUAAGGCAGUUUUUGACAAUUUGAGAAACAGUCCGCCCAGCCCAUGAUCAGUCACAUCUGGGUUACUCUCAAUUACCCAUUUUUAUACUUGUCCCAAUAUAUCUAUUGCAGAUAAAUAAGUCUUCCUCCCAACAUUCAUUUUUCAAAUCUGUUCAAGUCACAGUUGGCCCAGUUUUGAAAUUGUUUGUUGUUAUUGCUAUUAUUAUAAUAUUUCUUUUUCUAGUCGGUUUUAGACAUUCAGUAUAAUAACCCUGACAUAUGUGAAUAGUAAACAAUAAAAUGUGUUUUAAGAAUUUCUUUGCAGUGUACGAAAAAAUAUAUUGCUUUUUUUUUUCAUUGAAAUUAAGUCUAGAUAGUUGUAUAAAGUACUGACAUUUUGAAUUGGUGUCCAUACAGUUGUAUGACUUGCAGUUUAUUGAUCUGAAUUUAGAUUAAGUAUUGGUUUUCAGUAUAUUUGAGCUGUUGUAGAAAAAAAAAAAACAGGGUUUGUGAUUUUAGGUCUACAGUAAUAACCAAGACUUUACAUUGUACUAAACUAAGAAAACAACACCCUUUGGAUUAUAAGUGCUUUUACUUCAAAUGUCUUGCUAUCUGAAGCCUGCAAGAGACUGAAACAAUAGCUCCAAUUAGUGAGCCUGGUAAUCUUAUAUGGUUAAAGGAGUGCUGUCCAAGGUUUAAAACCCAGUUUAGCACUAGAAAUACUGCAGUGGUCCCCUUUUUAUUCUGUAGCAAAGACCUUGUUCAAAGGUACAACAGAAAGCACUGUAUUUGAAUUAAGAUCAAAAUAAAAAGUUAACUAGAAGUUUUCUGCACAAGAGGGACAAACACGAUUUCUAGCACGAAAUGUUUUUGAGAGGCAAGUUGGAUUUUAAAGCAUUGGUUUGUACUCCUAAAGGCAGGCAUGUAUCUCAGAUAAAAGCCAUGAGCAGGUUAAACCCUUGCCUGUUUUUGUAUAAUAUUGCUCAUUCCUGGAAUAAUGCACUUACCCAUCUUUGAUCCUUUUGACCUCCCUGCUGUUUUUGCCAUGUGCCCCACUACAUCAAAUCAUAACUAGAUUACCAGGUAAGGGAUCGGAUGUGAAAGAAGUGAUGGCUUUUACAAACAUAACCUGAUUUCAAGUGUAAGAUAAACCAGUCCAUUGCCAUUGAAACUUUUUUUUUAAGAAUAGGAGAAGCCAAUGAAAAUAAAUAGUUGUUGGACAUUUAGCCUCAUUACAAUGGACAUGCGUGGAUCCUAAUAACGCUGUAUUCAUGUUGGUAAAGCAUGUGCCAUUUCAUUUGUUUUCCUACAUAUUUUGUAACUAUAUCUUAUGUAUUUAUAAGUCUUUCUAAUAUAAACUGCUUUUUUUUUAUAAACGAAAUAAGCAUCUAUUACCUUUUGUUUCUGAACAUAUUACAGAUAAAGUAUUUUUAUUGUUGUUUUUUUUUAAAGCUGAAAAGUAUCCUGAGAGAAUAAAUCUACAUUCUUCUUUCUUGGUAUCAAACUUCCUGUGAUGACGACUUCUCUUCCGAAGUUUAAAAUUGCUCACAAUUCAAAUGGUCUGCCAGUUAUCAGUACAACUGGGUUGUGUGUGUGUGUGUGUAUACACAUUGCCUUCAGCAUUAUGUUAUUCAUCUGGCUUCUUCCUAGAUUCAGCAAAAAUAGUUGAAUGGAAUGGCAAACUGUACUAUCAUUUGUUAUAAGCAGACCCUUCUGUUGGAUCGAAGUAUAAACAACUAAUUGGGGCUUUUGUUUCUUUUUAAUAUUUGUGCUGUUUUAAACAGGACCUCAUAAUAACACAACACAUCACCUCAUGUAUAUUUCCAAGUCCUGGGAGGAAAAACUAAAUUAAUAAUAAUACUGUUAUUAUUUUAAAAUGAUACACAUAUAUGUCAUCAACACCAGCUAAAUAAUUGAGUUGAUACACUUGUUUCUCUUGGAUGAAGUGGUUUUCCCAUGUUAGUUUAAUGACUAUCUGAUCUGACUGCUCCAGUAUAGUGGCUGAUGACUUUUUUUUCCUCCCAUGGCUUGUUUAAAUCUAUUUGUUUUCUAGCACUUUCAAAACCUGUAAACAGGAGUGUCUUUUACGUACAACCUGUUAAUUUUUAAUGUGUACAAUUAAGUGCCAUUAGAAACCAUGUAUAGAUAAAUAUAUAUAUAUUUUUUUUUGUAGAAUAAGAACAGUAUUUUUGAUAAACAAAAUGUGCCGCUGCUCUGGUUUUGUUUUGUUUUUUUUUCUUCUUUUGAGUGUCAGCUGUGUGGGAGAUAAAUAUAGGAAGUACCAGCCCAACAGCUUGACAGCCUAAAGCAAAGAAAUGCCUAUAAUAGAAAGCCAGAUUUCUGUGUAUCUUGGAGGAAACAUGUACAAAUAUGGGUUUGGAAAACCAGUAUGUGGGUAGUAACCUCGGCAUGGUAUAGUAUGCAGCUCAAGACAGAAAUACCAUGUGGUGUCUCACUGUUAUAGUGUUUUAAAACACACCUGUUUUGUUUGGCCAAAAAAGCUGUCUGUUGCUGCUUUAGGCCGUCAACUUAUCAUAUGGAAUCAAGAACUAGAACUACUAGAAACCAAACAUGGUUCCAUUUGCUUAACUUUUUCCAUUUUAGAACUUUGUGAAGCUUGUGCAGGUGUGAGUUCCAUUGUCUUCAGUGUAUUGUUGCCAAGUUUGAGUUUCCAAAGACCAAACUGUCUGAAUCCUUUUUGUAUUAAGUAAAUGCCCUCACCAAAAAGUGCCACUUUUCAUAACUUAAGCUACAGAUUAAUUUGAAGAGUAUUAUUUACCUGGAAAUGAUGAUGCAUUCCAGUGUUUUAAACAUUGAGGAUUCACAAGUUGAAUGUGUUGAUUUUCAGAAAUACCUGUCCACACCAGCAACAUCUGCAUAAAGCGCUUCCAACAAAUGAAAUCCACAUCUGCUUUUAAAGAUAACCUAAGAAAUAGAAAGGAUAUAUUGCAAUAUAUUUAACAACUGGAACACAUGCAAUGGAAAAUGUCCACACGUAUUAAAUCAUUAGUAAUACUAACAGCAUUUAUUUAUAAAUCCAAAACCAAAAAAGCUUACCUUAAUACUUUACAAUUGGCAUUUAGGUGCUAAUACGUUUUUAUGCCUUGUACUAUCAUCAUGCUUUUCUUUCCUGUUUAUUAAUACAUGCCCUGUAUGUAUGGACAAUACCCUAGACUGGUAUCUGCGCUUUUUGUAGGCUCUGUCUGUUUGUAUUAGUACUGACCUGGUCUCUGGAUCUCAGUGUAUACCUGCUAGUAUUACCUUACAUUAGUACACUCUCUGCUGGUUAGGCUGUAUUAGUACUGCACUUACCCUCAACCCAUAUUUGUACUAGUAGGUACAGAACACAUUGGGAGUGGAAUAAAUAACUAACUGCAGGAUGAAACUCUUCAGACAGUGCAUUGAUAUUUACAAAUCCCAUACAAUUGUUUUGGCUAUAUUAUGAGAAAUGAAGGUGUUUGUCUGUUAAGCAGAAAUACCUAGUGUCUUUUUUUUUUUUAGCUUAAGUCCUGCAUUCCAAGUUCUUUGUGUAUCUAUUGUGUAGUAUGUAGAAGUUGUUUUACCUUUUGUAUUCUUUAUUACUGCCUCGUUUAAAAAGAAAAGAUGGGAUGUUUGCAUUCAUUAUUCACUAUAUUUUUAUAUAGCAUUGUAUUUACAUACUACUGGGAAAUGUACAAAAGGAUUUCAGAGAAACAAAUCUAAUCUUUUUUGUUUUAAAAAAGAUAGGAUUUCAGAGAAACAAAUCUAAUCUUUUUUGUUUUAAAAAAGAUGAGGUUUCUUAAAGGAUUCAUAUGCAAUCAUUGCUGCAGUGUAAGAUGACAGAUUUUUAUAUUGGGUGAUCCAAAGAAAAGUUAACGCAAACAUAUUUACUUAUUGUACAGUAUGUUGUACUUUUGACUUUUAUUGUGUUAUCUUUAAAUGAUUAAAAUACAAACCUAUGGUUUA